AUGAAUCUGUACCUUUAUUUGUAUCAUUAUGUUAUCAGCAGACUGAAAUACAUCAAUUGGAAGUUUAAUGACGAUAAAUAUUUAUUUUCCUCUAUAUCUAUUAAUGGGUUAGGAAUCACGUCGUUUGCACUUAUUAUUUAUUACAGGUCUUUUGAAUCAAAACAGGCUGGGUUUAAAACACUACUUACUAAUCGGGUUGGGGAUGUAUUAAUUAUACUGAGUGUAUUCAGAUUUUUACAAAAUGGUACAUAUAUAUUAUCAGUAAUAAGUACAACCUGUUUGUUUUUAUUAUUACUCGCUAGACUUACAAAGAGAGCUCAAUAUCCAUUUAGAUCGUGACUUCCCGCUGCGAUAGCAGCACCAACUCCUGUUAGAGCUCUAGUUCACUCCAGGACACUAGUAACCGCUGGUAUUUAUUUGAUAAUUCGUAUCAUAAUUAUUUCUGACUUUAGAGAGUUCACAGGUUCCAUUUUAGUAUUCUUAGGAGCAGUAACAUCUAUCUUAGGAAGAUCAGCUGCUGUAUUUGAAAAUGAUCUUAAAAAAAUCAUUGCCUUAUCAACAUUGAGUCAACUAGGUGUGAUAAUGUUUACUGUUGGAAUGGGAUACCCGUUAUUGGCUUUGUUUCACUUAUAUAUACAUGCUUUAUUUAAGGCUAUACUCUUCAUGGCGGCUGGAAAUAUUUUGAUAAUUUCUUUUGGGUGUCAAGAUUUACGCCUUCUUGGCGGUGUGUGGUAGAUAUUAAGUCCACUGACGGGGGUAAUUAUUAAUGUAAGUGGACUUUCAUUAUUGGGCAUUCCAUUUUUAAGUGCAUAUUAUUCUAAACAUUCUGUUAUAGAGAAAAUAUUUACUACUAACAUUAAUAUGUUAUCCUUAUGGUUAAUGGCUAUCGCAACAGUUUUUACCUUUAUUUAUACUCUACGUAUGCUAUACUGUAUUAGUUGAAGUAAGAGCGGUUUAAUCAUCGGUUCUGUAAACACAUCAAAAAAGAUUUAUUUACCUAUGAUCAUACUUGGUUUAUGUUCUGUUCUUUUAGGAAAAUUUUACAGAUCAUUUGAUUUUUCGGAUUUAGAACCUAGUGUGUUACCAGUAUAUGGAUGACUAUAUAUUAAUCUGUCAGCACUGUUAUCUUUAUGUUUAUUUAUAUAUGUAUUUAAAGCGGGAAAAAAAAAACACUAUGCUGUUAAGUAGCUUGUUUUAUUUAAGCCCACUGUAUUAUAAAUCUCCUUAUAUCUUAUUCAUAUUACAUAAAAAUCUAGGCUAUUUAGAUAAUGGUUGGUUAGAUAUAGGGAGAAAAAUUAAUUUAAUUAUUUCUAAACGAUCGCAUAUAAUUAUAAAAUAUUUUAAAUGACCCUCUUAAUAUUAUCUAAUUUAUUAACAUGCUUAUGUAUUUUAUUAGGAGUAGCUUUUUAUACGCUACUUGAACGAAAAGUAUUAAGAUACAUUCAGAUUCGAAAAGGACCUAAAAUAAUUGGCGUGAUAGGACUAUUGCAACCUAUUUCUGAUGCAGUGAAGCUUUUUACUAAAGAACUGUUGUCACCAUAUAAAGCUAACUACAUAAUGUACUGGGUAAGACCUAUAGUGGCUUUUAGUUUGGCAAUGAUGUUUUGAAUAAUGUAUCCUAUACCCAGCGGCACAAGAACAUUAAACUUGUCCAUGAUUAUUUUCUUAGUAUUAUCCUCAUUUAAUGUAUUUGGUAUUAUAAUGUCCGGAUGGGCUUCCAAUAGAAAAUACGCUUUUUUGGGAGCCAUGCGGGCAAUGGCACAAACUAUCUCUUAUGAAGUGAGUUUUGUUUUUAUUGUGUUCUUUGUAGCUUUUUUAUCGUCUAGACUAAGGAUUGAAGAGAUUAAUUCUGGUUUUGGGUACUUAUUCCUGUUCUUCCCAUUAUUGAUAAUUUUUAUGAGUAGUAUAAUAGCUGAAACUAAUCGAGCACCUUUUGAUUUUGCAGAGGGUGAGUCAGAAUUAGUGUCUGGAUUUAAUAUUGAAUAUGGUGGAGGCAGAUUUGUUCUUUUAUUCUUGGCAGAAUAUUCGAACAUUUUAUUCAUAUCUGUUCUUGCAAGGAGAGUUAUCUUUCCCAACACCCAAAGAGUAUCAUUUCUAGCGAGGUUUCAGUUUACUGCCAUUUCUUUACUAUUUCUAUUUUCACGAGGAGCCUAUCCUCGACUGCGUUAUGACCUAUUGAUAAGCUUGUGUUGAAAGUGCUAUCUACCAGUAUCUAUGUGUAUUAUUAUCAUAAUUUGUCCUAUCAUUUAGUCA